UCCGUCAUUAACUCAGCUGGAAUACUUAAAGUGAAAAACAUUACAAUUGUUUACAAUACUUUUUUCUUGUUAAAUUUACAGUGUAAAUGUUGAAAUAUGUAGUGAUCCAACACCAAUAAGUUUUAAGUAAAGAAUAUAUAAGUACGUAUCAUGGCAUCUACUUCUGAAGUAAAAUGUAAUUUGCCAUGUAAGUGCCCAUUCCUUCCAGAUUACACAUUGCAACGCAUAUUUGACGGUGGAGCGUUCGGCGUUGUCUCCCAAAUCGAAAAAUUCGAAGGUGAAGAUUUAAAAAAGCUGGCUCUCAAACGAAUUUUUUUACCAGACAGUACAACUCAUGUAGAAAAUAUUACAAAUAACCUCCCAGAAAUACGAGCAAUGAAAUGGUUUAAGAGUUAUCGUCAUCCCAAUGUCAUUCGCAUUCAUGGAGUACGUGUCGACUACCAGUCGGAAGAGUGGCUGUCUAAAAAUGAUCCUCUCUACAAGGAACGCUUAAGCAGGGACGAUCAAUCCUCAAGUAUAUGUGAAGAUGAAGACGAAAAUACAGAAUCAAUACAGACAUCUGUAACAGUGAUAUCCAUCCUACAAGAAUUAUGUUAUGGCCCUUUAUCCCAAGUAAUUCUUAAUCAUUUAAGUGACACGGCCAAAACCAAUCAACGUGAUAGGAAAUUAAUGCUGAAUUUCUCUAUCCAAAUAUCCGAUGGUCUACGAUACUUGCAUGACAAGGGGAUCAUUCAUCGCGACUUGAAACCAGACAAUAUUCUAGUAAAUUUUGAAAGUAGAAGAGCCAUUGUUUUAAAAAUAGCAGAUUUUGGACUAUCUAAAUUUAGUGAGAAGACAAGUUUGCCAGUUGUGAUGACGGGAGAUAUUGGUACUCGUAACUUUAUGGCACCUGAACAGGUUGGGGUAUCAUACACGAAUAAGGUGGACAUUUACUCCCUUGGAUUAAUCAUUUUUGUUUUAUACACAAUAUUUCCUGGUGAUACUGAAGAAAAAAUCCUAAAAAACCGAAAUUCCGAGUUUCGUAAAUUAAAGGAAACUUUAAAACUUCCGGAUUCAUUCUGUCAAAAAAUUGGUGGAUCUAUCAUUCAAAUGAUUUCCAAUAAUCCAGAUCUACGCCCAAGCGCAUCAGAUUUAUUUACUACACUGACCCACUUACAAAGCACUAAUUACACUUCGUCCCCACCACUUUGGUAUGGCCAAAAUCGUCACAACCCAAAUUUUACGGGAAAAAUCAGCGAAUUAGGAAAACUCUCCGAUUUAUUCUGCAAUCCAGCCACUCAACUAAUACUUCUGACCGGAAAUGCCCUCAUGGGUAAAUCCGAACUAGCACUACGAUUCGCUGAAGACAUGUACAGAACCGGAAAAGUUUCAGUUACUUGGCUAGACGCGAAUAAGGGAUCAUUUCAAAAUCAGAUUCACAAACUUGCUCGAGCCCUUUCCAUAAGUGUGCGAGAAGAUUCUGGCAAAAUUCUAAAAAUGAGCAGUAUCAUUGAAGCAAUUCGACUCAAACUAGAACCGACUAGGUGGCUCCUAAUUUUUAAUGAUUGUCUCAAUUUUAACAUAACCACGCUUGAUUCUUUUCGAGAAGAUGUGAAGGAACAAAAUCUAUUUAUAAUUAUUACUGCAAGGAAUAUUACAUUAACAGAAAAAGAACCUGGUAAAACUCACGCUCCAAUCGUACUAGAAAUUGGAGAAAUGGAUGAAUCAGAGUGUGCCAAAAUUGUAACAAGUAUUGUCCCGGAAACUAUUCAAAUCCCAGAACGUCUUUAUAGCCAAUUAAAGCAUGUACCACUUCUGGUACGACUUGCAGCUCAAUAUAUAAAAGAGGAAGUUAAAACGGAUCAAAACUUCAAUUUUGAGACAUAUUUGCAAUUGUUGGAUGCUGAAUUGUCGUACGAUUUAAGAAACGCUAUACCCAAGGCUGACACCACGGGGGAUGAAUUGCGGCUAAAUGACGACCCCAACGGAAAGAUGAUUACGGCCGUGGUGAAUCUAACUUUAUCUCGGAUCUAUGCAGAAAUGUGUGUAAUUCCCGAGCGUGAGACCAAUAUUAACAGAAUAAUACCAUUUUGGCCACCGGAAUUUUUUAAGUUGAGCGAUCUCACGGAUAUUUCUGCAGAAAAUAAGAUUCAAGCUGAAUUGAUGGAAAAAUAUGGAAUUAUUAGGGUAGCAAAGAAUGGAAGGGUGGUUCAUAUUUAUCAUACGCAUUCAGCAAGAAGGUGUCCAUCCAAUGUUCAAUAUUACGAAGGGGUAGAGGCUUUUAAGAAUAAUAAGUAUUUGGAAUUACAUGCGCCUGUUCCCUUCAACCAUUGGAAAUGGCAACAACGACUUUUUUAUAGAUGCUAGUGUUUAAUGCUAUUCGAAAAAAGAGAAAUAAAAAAGAAAAUAAUUGAUUUACUUGAUGCACUCUCAUGGAGUACUAAUUUCCGAAAUUUCCUCAUUUCGACUAAUACUAAGUACAA